AUGGCACACAAUGCCAUUGGCAAAAAGCUCUUUCGCUCUGGCAGCGGCCUCCAACAGACAAUAAACCCUCUGGUACAACGAAGAUGCCAGUCCACCAAAGCCGUCCCAUCAUUCACCCCCAGCUCCUCGCCCGCCCUCGACCAAAAACUCAACCGCAUCCGCACCGAGCUUUUCGUCCCCAUGUACUUUGCCGAACACCAAAAACGCCUCGUCUUCCGCGACCGGUACCGCGAGCGCCUGAACCAAGAACAAGUAAAAAUCACCAUCGGCAACGAAGAAUUCACUCUGAAGCCUGCGCACCGCCAAUCCCUCCCCAGCAAACGUGAAGUCAUUAGCGCCGUUGAAGACAUGCGCAGUUCGCAGGACUGGAAGAAUUUCGUGCCGCUGCUGAUCGGCUCGCUACAUGCCAAAUACAAGUUCAAGCCAGACCAUGCAGAGAAAUGGGUGAGAUUGGCUGGAAAGUCAGAUAAUUUGCCUUUUAUCCUAGAGGCUGCGAAACAAUCCGGCAAGACGGGUUUCUCGUUUGCGGAUCGCACUGUUGCGUCCCGCUUUGCUUCUGAGUUGCAUGCAAAGGCUAAAAAAGCUGGGUUCACGGGCGAUGCGUUGUCUGCUUCGCUGCGAUAUGCGGAGCAAGCAGCCUUGUUAAUGGAACGGCCUGAACAUACCAAUAAUGAUAUCUCGCAGGAUGCGAAGAGGCAGCCGUUCUUCAUUGGGUUGUUGACGGAGUUGAGUGCUGCUCGUGCUAUUGAUCAGGUAGAGGGAGAUGAUGUGGAUGGAAAGGUGCUUUCGUACACGCAAAAGUUGUUAGGGACGUGGGAGCUUGCGCAGCUGGAUCGGCAGACUGAAUCGUGGUAUGAGACGGAUAGGUUGUUGCAGGAAAUUGCGCUUAUAUAUUCCGGAUUGAAGAUGGCGAAACAGGUUAAGAGUGUGGCGCAGGAUAAGGAUCUGGUCAAGACUAUUGACCAGCGAUUGAGACAGUUGAGGACUGUUGCUGAGCGUGCCGUCGAGACAGCACCUGAAAGCAGAAAGGAAUCGCCCACGCUGGGGUUGAGGGAGAUUCAAUCCAUUCUAUAG